AUGUUCACAGCUGUCGUUAUAUAGCAAUAUCUCAUACUCCACUUGGAAAUUACUGAGCUGAGAGGCCACUUCAGAAAAUGUUUAUGAAACAUCAUAUAAAAACUCAUAAGUUCAUCUUAUAUAACUUUUCUGGCGGAUGGCUUGUACCUAAUGAGUACAUGCUUUUAAAGAUAUAAGUUUUCUUUUCUCAUUUUCUUUGUAAAAUGGUGUUUCAUGUCGCAAUUUUCUGGAUCGUUUUUGCAUUCGGCCUAAUAGGCAACUCUCUCGUGAUCUUCAUCAUCAGCAAGAAGCAAAGAACAUCCACAGACCAUCUGAUGUUGAACCUGGCUGUUGCAGAUCUUAUGUAUGGAGCGAUGUUGACUUGUUUGAGACUUCUGCCUGAAUUGCCUCCAUUGUUUUGGUCGUGUCCUUUGUCCUCAACUUUAAACGAUACCGCUGGUCUAGCUUUUGUCGAGUCAAUUUUCACUAUGUUGAUAUUGUCUGUGGAGAGGUAUUUUGCGGUGUGCCGACCUUAUAGCUUCAAGAAAUGUUUUUCUAAAAGAAACGUCAAAUUAAUGGUGUUGCUGUCAUGGUUUUUAUCUCUCCUGAUCAUCGUACCUGUAAAUAGUGUACAACAGUGCUUUUUAUUGAGCAGAAUCAACUCAAAACUACAUUCUGUAGUUUUAUUGGUGUUUUCUAUGGUCACAUUGGUGUUUCUGGUAAUACUUUCUACAAAGAUUUACGUGUCACUGUGGUGCAAACAAACUGCAAUUCAACCUACAGCAUUUAGAGAGAUAGAAGAGAGAAAGAAAAAGAAGAAAGUAACAUUGUGCGUACUUGCAGUCACUCUCACGUACAUUUUGUGCUCUCUCCCACUAGUUAUCUUGUACGCUUUGAUUGUCUUUAGUGUAACUCUAGGGGUAGACCUCUCACUAGUCUAUGACUUCUAUGAAAUACCAGUGCUUUUGACUCUUGUCAACUCAGCGCUUGAUCCAUACCUUUUUUGCUUCCAAAGCAAAGAGAUGACAAAACUGCUAAAAAAACUUUUUUUGUGCAAGAAAGAAGAUCAAGCACCGCAGCAUGCUCUUGAGCAACAGCUUCCAUAGGGGAUCAAAAAUGAUGUCAGGCAACAUGGACUAAAAUUUCUUAGCCACCAAUAAACUUGAGCAAGAGACCUGUCCAAAGUCUUUGAAUGCUGAAACCGAGACAACACUUUUACUUUUGCAAUAGCGAGAGAUGAACACACAGUCAGCUCAGUUUUUGAUUUGAUCGAUAUCUUUUAGCUCAUCUGUUUUUGUUUUAUAAUGACCAAAAGGCAACAACAUCUAAAGAAAGGAUUGAACAUGGAUAUCUCAGAUAAUACAUUUUGUGUUUAGACUCCCGGUUUGUAUUUGAAAUCAUCGUUGA